AUGGCGGUCCUGUUCGUGGCCAUAGUCGCCCUACUUGCUGUCGCGCCCCGAGCCGCCGGAUACCCGUGGCAAGUCUGUGGCAGCACAGGCCAAUUCACGGCCAACGACAGCACGUACCUGGCAAGCAUCAACUCCAUGGCGGCCACCCUCCCCAGGAACGCCUCCACGUCCCCGGGCCUCUUCGCAACGGCGCGGGCCGGCCAGGUGUGGGCUCUCGCACUGUGCCGCGGCGACGUGAACGCUACCUCCUGCUCCAGCUGCCUCGCGCAGGGGUUCCAGGACCUGCCCAGCGCGUGCACCUACAUCAAGGAGGCCACCAUGUACUACGACAGCUGCUUCCUCCACUACUCCGACCUCCACUUGCGCGCCUCCGACGACACCGCCUUCAGCUCGGUCUUCUACUUACCCUACAGCGCUAACGCUACGGCGGAGCCGGCCCGGUUCGACCGCGUCGUGGCGGCGCUCCUGAACGCCACCGCGGACUAUGCCGCGUACAACUCCUCCGUGACGCGGCUCUACGCGUCAGGGGUGGUCUCCUUCGACCAGGAGAUCCCCGAGGUCUACAGCUGGGCGCAGUGCACGCCGGACCUCACGCGGGCGCGGUGCCGGGAUUGCCUCGCCAAGACCAUCCAGGCGAUGGGGACGCCGCUGUACAGUGUCGGGGCAAGGGUUCUUGGGAUCAGGUGCGGCAUCCGGUACGAGACCAAGCCCUUCCUUGAUGGUCCGGUGAUGGUGCGCCAAUCGUCCCGCUCUGGAGGGCUGGUGCCGGCACCGUUACCGACGCCAGCAGCUGCGCCCGCGCCGGCUCUGGUGCCCAGUGUUGCUCCGCCGCUGGCGACGGUCGGAGGUGAGUGGAAAAAAUACAGUGUUGCUGGCUUGGUUCUUAUAAUUGGGCUGCCCGCUCUAGCAGCCGCAAACCUUAUAGUUGCCUUCUUUAUCUGGAGGAGGAGGCGGCGAUCAGCAGCACAAACGAAGAAAUUAUAUCCCAGUUACUCCAGCGAAGUUGACGACAGUGAGAAUGUAGACUCGAUGAUGAUGGAUAUUUCAACUCUACGAGUCGCGACAGGGGACUUUGCGGAGAGCAACAAGCUGGGCGAAGGCGGGUUUGGCUCAGUGUACAAGGGUACUCUGCCUGACGGCGAAGAUAUCGCGGUGAAGAGGCUAUCAAAGAGCUCGACGCAAGGGGUGGAGGAGCUCAAGAAUGAGCUCGCCCUGGUCGCGAAGCUCAAGCAUAAGAAUCUCGUCAGACUUGUGGGUGUCUGCUUGGAACAGCAGGAGCGGCUGCUCGUCUACGAAUUCGUCCCCAACCGGAGCCUCGACCAGAUCCUAUUUAUAGGUAAUAAACAGGAACUACUUAACUGGGGACAGAGGCUGAGGAUCAUACGCGGGAUCACCCGAGGCCUACAGUACCUCCACGAGGAUUCCCAGCUCAAAGUAGUCCAUCGUGAUCUUAAAGCAAGCAACGUCCUUCUUGACGCCGACAUGAACCCCAAGAUCUCAGACUUUGGCCUCGCGAGGCUCUUCGGGAGAGGCCAGACACAGGGCUUCACUAACCGUGUCAUUGGCACAUAG